CUUCUCUCGUUCGUCUCUAGGGUUGUGCGACCGGCGUCUUGCCCUUGCCCAGCGCUUUGCGCGCCUCGUCUAUCCCACGCUCCCAGUUGACCUGAUCGACACAGCGACACGAUACGUCCAUGGUUCAGGGUCUGUGUGCGCUGCACACAUAAAUACCUUGAUGUAUUCUUCUUCUGUGAUGGUCUCCUGCCCCGCGUAGUAGCGCUCACGCCACUCGCGGGCCAAAAUCUCACGACACUUGUCCUCCUCCUACAACACAACACAACACAACACAACACAACGGCACACGAGCUGGAUAACACACACGUGCUGAUGUCUUUGUAGGCACCUUCUUCUUUGCGAGCUCCUCCUUCUGCUUGGCGGCCUUCUCAAACAGCUCCCUGAGGACACCACACACGCAUACGUGUGAUUGAGUGGAGUGCGACGACGGGGCGCGUAUGGGAGCGUUGUGGCUUCUUUACUGACUUGAUUUCCUUUUCCCUUUGUUCCUUUGAAGCGGUUUGCUCUUCCUCCUGCUCCAGCCUCUUCUGCCGCUCGGCCUCCUUCUCCUUCUGAGCCAAGUAAUCCUUUUCGUAGACCUCAAACCCUACACAUGGACACACACAGACGGAUGGACCGACGCCCCUGUGUGGGUGCGUGUGCUGCAUGUACCUACCUCCCGCGAACAGUUCUCCCAGUUCGUCUCUUCGAGACAGGCCCUUCUGACGCAGUGACCUCAGGUAACUGUCCGCGAUCUCGUUGCCAACAGACAGACUAGAGGAACCACAGACAGCCACCAGCCAAGGUGACAAAAGUCUCCCAUGGAGCCAUUUGUCUAUGUGCUCACCAUGUGGCAGUCCCGUGGGCCGCGGGGAUGAGCAGGGCCUCGGCGGCCACGCGAAUAAACUCACCCAUACCGACCUACAACAGAAACAGCCGGCGAAAUGCACUCAUGGAUGCCGCCUUUUCAUCAGUCUCCUCUUUGUCUGCGUACCCCUAGCGCAGCGGUGGUUCUGAGUGUGUCCUCAUCGGUGCAUUUGGUCAGCCGUAUCGGAGCACCGAGGCCCUCAUCCUCACCGUCACUCUGACCGCACACACAUCAUCCACACAUGGACAUCUCCUCUUACCAACGCGUCUCGUUGGCUCACCAGUUUGCCGGCGACGAGAAUAGACGCCUUAAACUCGGUCGAGUUGGCCUCCUUGAGGGCGCUCGCCAUGGCUGAUUCGAUGGACCGCCAGUCGGAUGCACCGCCCUCGAUGUUCUGGACCACAAUCGAAAAUAGACAGCCAUGUAAAGCAUUGCACAAAACCCGGCGUGUGUUGCGAUCUCACCCCAAGUGCAAGCACGACCCUCUGCACCCCAGCUCCCUUUGCAGCCUGACACACAGGCGGGGCUGUAGGUUCAUCACGUGAAUUCGCUCAUGUGCGUACAUCUGUACUCAUACCAGGAGGUAGUCAUUGAGCUGGCUGAUGGGCGGAUUGAGAGCAAGCCACACUGUCACAUCUGAACGACAUGAACGAGCCAGAUCGACCGAUUACGCCCCGUUUGUGAGGUCAGCAAGUCACUCACCCUGCAGGUUUUGUUUAAUCUGUGCCAAGUUGGUGGGGUCACCCUCCUCAUAAGUCAACACACUCAGCAACCCGCUGUACCGAGCUACCCUGGACACACAGAACAGACAGCUCGUGUCCAUUCCGUUUUGUGCCACUGUGGUGUGUUCUGACCUUGAUGUGAGGUAUUUCCUGGCAGCGGUUUUGAUCUCAGGCGGCAGCAGCAUGGCGAUGGGCUGCCACAUGCGCUGCUCGUGCAAGGCAUCCAGCGGCCGCUGAUCAGUCCUCUCCAUCGUCGCAUCCAAACCUACACAAUCGCACAGUCAGAGCGCCAUGAGUGCCCUGCAUCCAUGGCGCAAGUGAGCCAUCUCAUCUCUGCUUCUCACCUGUAACGAGUGCCUUGCCGCCCUCAAGCUUUGCUGGCGCAAGAUACCGACGCGUCAGCUGCCCCCUUCCGCCCACAUCUGGUCUGAGAAAUGAUGGCCUCAGCUGAGCCGACUCAGACGAAAGCGGUGAGGGAUCUCGUGCAUGGUGCCUCCGCAGUGGCGACUGAAAGGGAGGUGAGGGGACGAGAAAGGCUGCGGUGGCCGACAGCAUGAGAGAUAGGGGCAGCAGAUGCAUGGCCGAGCUCAUCUCUAUCAUUGCCAUGCUGGCGCCAACUGAUGAGUGAAGCACGUGAUCUGCCUAUGUCAAGCAGCGACGAAGCACCAUCAUCAGCAAAUAGACAGA